UCCUGGAUUCUCACAAGGAACAGUGAACGCUGCCUUUAAAGCGUAAGGACCGGGCUCCUCCGCUGCGGAUGAUAGCGUGGUUAUUUUAAGUUUUUCUCCCACUCCCCUUCUCCCUAUACUUCCCGCGUAAUUUACCACUACCACUGAGUGAAUAGAUUCAUUUAUACCAAAGGAAUUGCCGGACCUGACGUGGGAAUAGGCUUUGGAAACUUUGGCUUCUCAUGAGUGGAGUAUCACGGAUGUUGCUCGAGCACGUAACAGGGAGCUAGACGGUUCUCUCUCGCGCUCUCCCAUAUUCAAAACUAACAGAGAGAAUCAGACUCACCAUCAACAAAGGAUAAACUUCAUGAUGAACUUUUAUGGAAAGGGCAAAACUAUUGCAGAUUAAAUUGUUGCCUUUGCCUAUAUUGACAUUGUAUGUUUUAACUUGCUCCGAUGCAGGUGCAGUGAUAAUUUGAACUGCCUAUGAUUGAACUCUGCUCUGCAAUCUGAAAAAUAUUUUUUCAAAGGAACACAGAUAGGUUCAAGCUGUUUUCUUGCAAUUCGUAAUAGGUAGAAAUAGGUUUGACCCCUUGCAAUACAGACUGAAACCCACGACUGUCAGUGAGUGUAUGCUACAAUUUUGUUCAAACAUAAAAAGCUAUAGUGUGUAUUUUUAUCCACAGAGGAAACGUUUAAAAUGAAAAAAAUACGUUGCUGAAUGACUGCGUUAUUGCAUAAGCCUACCGAUAAUUGCAUUUUGGGCUCAUAUAUUUGUUGGCAUUCUUUACGUCAUAUGUGUGACGGCAAAGCUUUAAAUUGACCCGCUUCACGUAUCGUUCCUUCUGAGCAGUUGGCGCUGGUUGGAUAGCUUGUUCUCGCUCGAGCGCCCGGAGAUUGCCCGGUUUCAGCGGCAACAGCGUUCACGGAGAGAGGACAGUAACAGCAUCCACACCGGCACACAGAGAACUCUGGGAAGACUUGGUCAGCACCACAGCAGAGCAACAUGUAUCCAGUGUGCCUGACACACGCUGCGCAUUUAGUCCGGCUGGGGACAAUGGUUGGGGAUUCGCCUGGAUUGAGGUGGCGUGCCACAUGGAUUUUAUUGUUUUCUCUGUUUAUCCACUACACAACAGCUCAAGAUGACGUGCCACCCUACUUUAAGACGGAACCGGUGCGGAGCCAGUUGCACCUGGAGCGUAAUAGGCUGGUGUUGACGUGUAUGGCUGAGGGGAGCUGGCCCCUGGAGUUCAAAUGGAUCCACAAUGGCACUGAGCUCACACGUUUCUCACAGGAGUACAGGUACUUGAUUCCCUCCCUGGACCGUUCCCAUGCUGGCUUCUACCAAUGUAUCAUCAGGAACCGUGUUGGAGCCUUACUACAGAGGAGGACUGAAGUGCAGGUUGCAUUUAUGGGCGGUUUUGAGGAGGGUGAGCGCGCCCAGUCGGUCUCUCAGGGGGAGGGGGCAGUGGUUCCCGCUCCACGCAUCAGGAGCUUUCCCCAGCCGCAGGUCACAUGGUUCAGAGACGGACGCAAGAUACCGCCCAGCAGCCGCAUAGCCAUUACUCUGGACAACACUCUGGUCAUCCUGUCCACGGUGGCCCCUGAUGCUGGACGUUACUACGUACAGGCUGUCAACGACAAGAACGGCGAAAACAAGACCAGCCAACCCAUAACCCUUUCUGUCGACAAUGUUGGUGGGCCUGCAGACCCCAUUGCCCCCACCAUAAUCAUCCCCCCAACAAACACCAGUGUAGUGUCAGGCACGUCUGAAGUCACCAUGGAGUGUGUCGCGAAUGCAAGACCACUGAUCAAACUCAGCAUCACAUGGAGGAAGAACAGGGUUCUGGUCACCAGUGGUCUGAGUGACUUCAACCGCAGACUGACCAUUAUCGGCCCUGUGGUCAGUGACUCAGGGUUCUAUGAGUGUGAGGUGGUCCUCCGCAGCAGCAGUGUGCCUUCUGUCAAUGCUGGGGCCUACCUACAUGUUCAAGAGCCUCCCCAGUUUGUGAAGGAACCAGAGAAACACAUCAUUGCUGAGAUGGAGAAAGUGGUGGAUAUCCCCUGUCAGGCACGAGGUGUGCCUCAACCAGACAUUGUGUGGUAUAAGGAUGCGGCGCCCAUCAGCCCAGUGAAAACCCCCAGGUAUAGGGUGUUAGUGGGGGGCAGUUUGCAGGUCAAUGGCCUUCUUCCUGACGACACAGGGAUGUUCCAAUGCUUUGCACGGAACCUGGCAGGAGAGGUGCAGACCAACACCUACCUGGCUGUAACUAGCAUCGCCCCUAACAUCACAGCUGGACCAUCUGACAGCACGGUGAUUGACGGCAUGUCAGUCAUUCUCCACUGUGAAACAUCAGGAGCACCAAGACCAGCUAUCACCUGGCAGAAAGGUGAGCAUGUUCUGGCCAGUGGUUCUGUUCAGCUGCCCAGGUUCACCUUGCUGGAGUCAGGCAGCCUGCUCAUCUCCCCAUCCCACAUAUCAGACGCUGGCACCUACACCUGCAUGGCCAGCAACUCCCGGGGCAUAGACGAGGCUGCUGCUGACCUUGUGGUGUGGGCUCGCACCCGUAUCAACACCCCCCCUCAGGACCAGAGUGUCAUCAAAGGCACCAAGGCCACUGUGACCUGUGGAGUUACACACGACCCCAGUGUCACGGUCAGGUAUGUGUGGGAGAAGGAGGGCUUGGUCAUCAACGCCCAGUCUAUCCCUCGUAUCCGGCUGGACCCGGAUGGUACCCUCCACAUCUCCCAGACCUGGUCAGGUGACAUCGGGACCUACACCUGUAGGGUUAUGUCGGUAGGAGGCAACGACUCACGCAGCGCACACCUCCGAGUCAGACAGCUGCCCUAUGCUCCAGAGAACCCUGCGGCCCUGCUAAGUUCCUCAGAAAAGAGGGCCAUUAACCUGACCUGGGCCAAGCCCUUCGACGGGAACAGCCCCCUGCUUCGCUACAUCCUGGAGGUCUCUGAGAACAACGCUCCCUGGGCUAUCCUCCUGGCCAACAUAGAGCCUGAGUCGACAGCAUUGACCGUCAGUGGACUCAUCCCAGCACGCUCCUACCAGUUCCGCCUGUGUGCCGUCAACGACGUGGGCAAGGGCCAGUUCAGCAAGGAGACUGACCGUGUAUCUCUACCAGAGGAACCUCCCAGUGCCCCUCCCCAGAAUGUGAUCGCCAGCGGCCGCACCAACCAGUCCAUCAUGAUCCAGUGGCAGCCCCCACCAGAGAGCCACCAGAACGGGGUCCUCAGGGGCUACAGCGUCCGGUAUCGUCUAACAGGUCUUCCAGUGGACUACCAGAGUAAGAACAUCUCCAAACCCGACGUUACCAACAUUCUCCUGGAGGACCUGAUCAUCUGGACCAACUAUGAGAUAGAGGUGGCAGCCUACAACAGGGCGGGGCUAGGAACCUUCAGCCACAAGGUCACUGAGUGGACGCUGCAGGGAGUGCCGACUAUAGCCCCCAGUAAAGUUCAGGUGGAGGCCGUCAAUUCCACGACCAUCCGUAUCACCUGGGCCGCCCCUAACCCUCAGUUUAUCAACGGGAUCAACCAGGGAUACAAGCUGUUGGCAUGGGAGCCAGGUCAGGAAGAGGAGGUCACCAUGGUUACAGUGAGACCUAACUUCCAGGACAGUGUGCAUGUGGGUUACGUGACGGGGCUGAAGAAGUUCACAGAGUACUACAGCUCUGUGCUGUGUUUCACUACGCCUGGAGACGGCCCCCGCAGCCCCGCUAAUGGCCUGAGGACACAUGAAGACACUCCUGGGGCGGUGGGUGACCUGAGCUUCACAGAGAUCCUCGACACGUCUCUCAAAGUGAGCUGGAGAGAACCUGAAGAGAAGAACGGAGUCCUCACAGGGUACCGUAUCUCAUGGGAGGAGUUUAAUCGCACCAACACACGGGUGACCCACUACCUUCCCAACGUGACCCUGGAGUACCGCGUCACGGGGCUGACUGCCCUCACCACCUACACCAUCGAGGUGGCCGGCAUGACCUCCAAGGGCCAGGGAAAACUGUCCUCCUCCACAAUCUCUUCUGGAGUACCUCCAGAGCUGCCUGGUCCUCCCACCAACAUGGCCAUCUCCAACAUUGGCCCUCGAUCCAUCACUCUCCAGUUCAAACCCGGCUACGAUGGAAAGACCUCCAUCUCUCGCUGGCAGGUAGAGGCCCAGGUCAGUGUGAUAGGAGACAAUGAGGACUGGGUGAUUGUUCACCAGCUGCCCAACGAGCCUGAUGCCCGAUCCCUGGAGGUGCCAGGACUAAACCCAUACACAUUUUACAGGUUCCGUAUGCGUCAGGUGAACAUUGUGGGGACUAGUCCUCCCAGUCAGCCCUCCAGGAAGAUCCAGACCUUGCAGGCCCGUCCAGAUAUGUUCCCCGCUAACGUCACCCUGCGCACGGCCAGCGAGACCAGUCUGUGGCUCCGAUGGGUGCCCCUACCAGAGUGGGAGUACAAUGGGGACCCAGAGGUGGUGGGCUACCGGGUCCAGUACUCCCGCACAGGCUCCCAGGGUAGGGCGCUGACCCAUGUGAUCGCUGACCGGCUGGAGAGGGAGUUCACCAUCGAGGACCUGGAGGAGUGGACCGAGUAUGAUGUCAGGGUUCAGGCUCUCAACGGCAUCGGGGCCGGGCCCUGGAGCCAGCCUGUCAGAGGAAGGACCAGGGAGUCUGUCCCAUCCUGUGGCCCCACCAACGUGUCAGCCUUUGCCACAACCUCCAGCAGUAUCCUGGUGCGCUGGUUUGAAGUACCAGAACCAGACCGGAAUGGGCUGAUCUUGGGAUACAAGGUGUUGUAUAGGGAGAAGGACUCUGACUCGUCCCUCCAGUUGUGGACAGUGGAUGGGAACGCCAGCCACAGUGUCCAGCUGACUAGUCUGGGGAAAUACGUCCUCUAUGAGAUCCAGGUCCUGGCCUUCACCCGCAUCGGAGACGGCAUGCCCAGCUCACCACUCAUACUGGAGAGAACUCUGGACGACGUGCCCGGCCCUCCAGUGGGCAUCCUGUUCCCUGAGGUCCAGACCACCUCGGUGCGUCUCAUCUGGCAGUCCCCGUCCCAGCCUAAUGGUAUCAUCCUGGCCUAUCAGAUCACGUAUCGUCUGAACUCAACCAAUAGCAACACGGCCACAGUGGACGUCUUAAACCCGAGUGCUCGCCAGUACAUGGUGACUGGCCUGAAACAAGAGUCAGUGUACGUGUUCCGCAUCACAGCCCAGACACGCAAGGGCUGGGGGGAGGCUGCAGAGGCACUGGUGGUCACUACCGAGAAAAGAGCUCGCCCUCAGCCCACCGGUCGUCCCAUGGUGCCCCAAGAGAAUGUUCAGGCCCGCAGCGUGUUGUUGUCAUGGGAACCGGGCAGCGAUGGCCUCUCUCCGGUCCGCUACUACACCGUGCAGCUGAGAGAACUGCCCGACAGCAACUGGACCGUCCACUCUGCCUCGGUCAACCACGAGUCUAGCUUCUACAUAGUUGGCAGGCUGAAGCCCUUCAUCUCCUACCAGUUUAGAGUGAAAGCCACCAACGACAUAGGAGACAGUGAAUACAGCGAGGAGAGUGAAGUUAUCACCACACUACAGGACGCCCCUGACGAAGCCCCCACAAUCCUCUCUGUCACACCACACACAACUACAUCCGUGCUGAUUCGCUGGCAGCAUCCGUCUGAGGAGAAGAUUAACGGUAUCCUCCUGGGUUUCGGGAUACGAUACCGGGAGCUCAUGUACGACCGCCUCCGCAGCGUCUCGGUACGCACCGCCAACAGCCCCUCCAAUACAUGGACCGAGCUCAACUCCCCCUACAGCGUGAGAAACCUGAGCGAGUCCUCUCUCACCCAGUAUGAGCUGGAUAACCUGAGCAAACACAAGCGCUAUGAGAUCAGGAUGAGUGUGUAUAACGCCGUGGGGGAGGGACCAACCAGCACACCACAGGAAGUGUUUGUAGGAGAAGCAGUACCCACCGCCCCACCUCAGAACGUGGCCAUCCAAUCAGCAACGGCCACCCAGCUGGACGUGACAUGGGAGCCUCCUCCAUUGGACUCACAGAACGGAGACAUCCAGGGAUACAAGGUGUACUUCUGGGAGAUCCAGCACAAGAAUGAGACGGAGAGACUGCGCACCCUGUUCCUGCCAGAGGGAGGGGUCAAGCUGAAGAACCUGACUGGAUACACCACCUACAUGAUCAGUGUGGCCCUCUUCAACGCAGCAGGGGACGGGCCCCGAAGCCCACCAACCAGGGGCCGUACACAACAGGCCGCCCCCAGCGCUCCCAGCUUCAUCCACUUCAGUGAGCUGACUACCACGUCAGUCAACGUGUCCUGGGGUGAGCCCACCUACCCCAACGGCAUUCUAGAGGGCUACCGGCUGGUCUACGAGCCCUGCACCCCUGUUGACGAAUCUUCCGUGGCCUGUGCCGACUGUCUUCACUCCCCCUCCCCCCCAGGCGUCAGUAAGAUAGUGACGGUGGACGUCAAAGGGGCCCCGUUCUGGAUGAAGAUCAAGGACCUGGCUGAUGGGGUGACCUACAACUUCAGGAUCCGGGCCAAGACGUUCACAUACGGGCCUGAGGUGGAGGCUAACAUCACCAUGGGGCCUGGGGAAGGAGCCCCGGGCCCCCCUGGAGAGCCUUUCAUCUCCCGGUACGGCUCAGCUCUUACCAUCCACUGGUCCAACGGUGACCCCGGGAGUUCGCCUAUCACACACUACGUCAUCGAGGCCAGACCUUCAGAUGAGGGCUUGUGGGAUAUCUUGAUCAAGGACAUCCCAAAGGAAGUGACGUCAUACGCCUUCAACAUGGACAUUCUGAAGCAAGGGGUUAGUUAUGACUUCCGGGUUAUUGGCGUGAACGACUAUGGCUACGGGUCUCCUAGUCCACCCUCAGCCUCCAUAUCUGCCAAAAAGUUGGCGCCAUUCUACGAGGAGUGGUGGUUCUUGGUGGUGGUGGCCCUGGUAGGUCUUAUCUUCAUCCUCCUUCUGGUCUUCAUCCUCAUCAUCAGAGGACAGAGCAAGAAGUACGCCAAGAAAUCUGACUCAGGGAACAACUCCAACUGUAAUGCCCUGACCCAUGGAGAUAUGGUCAGCCUGGACGAGGGACGCUUCCCCGCCCUGGAACUCAACAACCGACGGGUGUCCGUCAAGAACUCCUUCUGCCGUAAGAACGGUGUCUAUACCAGGUCUCCUCCUCGGCCCAGCCCAGGCAGUCUCAACUACUCUGACGAGGAUUUGAGCACCACCAAGUACAACGAUCUGAUCCCAGCUGAGAGCAGCAGCCUGACAGAGAAACCAUCUGAGAUAUCAGACUCUAAGGAGGCCCUGGUGUUCUCAUAUGGGACGGGUGGUCUGCGUGUGCUUCCACUGAACUGGGGCAGUGACAGUGAGUACGAAGUGGACCAGCACAGACAGAAGACACACUCCUUUGUGAGCCACUACAUCAGUGACCCCACCUACUACAACUCGUGGCGCCGCCAGCAGAAGGGCAUCUCCCGGGCACAGGCCUACAAUUAUACAGAAUCAGAGUCGGGUGACCCGGAGCCCUGCGCCCCGUCACCACCCCUGCCCCCGCUACCACCCCAGCUCACCUCCACCACCCCUCUACCCCAGACCCAGCCCCAGCCCCAUGGUCAACCCCAGGUCCUCACACCCCAGGGCCAGGGUAGUCUGUUCAGGCCCAAAGGCAGCCGGACUCCCACCCCCUCUCAGCAGCUCUCCAACUCCACCCCUCCUAGCCACUCCAACACCCUGUCCUACUGGCCCCCCAGCAGCCCCAGCCCAGCCCCUGGAUCUCGGGCCCCCAUCGCCGGGUUCUCCUCAUUCGUUUGAUUCCGAGAGGGAUCUGUGUUCCCUUCUGAAAACAAAACCCACCCUGCUGCCCAACGUGUCUAGAGAGUAAAUACCCAACACACAAAAAAAAAACUCUGAAUCCACCAACUUGAUUUCUGUUUCUCUGUUUUUUCUUACUUGUUUUUCUUCUUUCCUUUUUAUUACUGAGUUGUGUUUUAAGGAUCAUACUGUACACAGACAUGACAGAAGUUACAUACUUCAUUCCAGUACAUUGUUCCUCUUGUGUGCGUGUGCUGAUAUAGUUUUAUUUGUGUGCGUGUGCUGAUAUAGUUUUAUUUGUGUGCGUGUGCUGAUAUAGUUUUAUUUGUGUGCGUGUGCUGAUAUAGUUUUAUUUGUGUGCGUGUGCUGAUAUAGUUUUAUUUGUGUGCGUGUGCUGAUAUAGUUUUAUUUGUGUGCGUGUGCUGAUAUAGUUUUAUUUGUGUGCGUGUGCUGGUAUAGUUUCAUUUGUGUGCGUGUGCUGGUAUAGUUUCAUUUGUGUGCGUGUGCUGGUAUAGUUUCAUUUGUGUGCGUGUGCUGGUAUAGUUUCAUUUGUGUGCGUGUGCUGGUAUAGUUUCAUUUGUGUGCGUGUGCUGGUAUAGUUUUCUUUAACCCAUAGACAUCUGCUGAGAACAAGACAGUAUCUAUUCAUGUUUCUGUUUGAUUGAUUUGCAUGAGUUUCAAUGUAUUAUUUAUUUUCUCUUUUUCAUUGUUACACUUCUACACACAUACAACAAGAGAAUAAUUUAGUUAGAUACUGUAAAAAGGCAAGAGUUUAUUGGAAAAAAAUAUCUACGAGACGAUAAAAGUUUCAUAGCGUCAAUCCACACUCGGAUAACAAGCACCAAUGAAACUGGGAUCCCAAAAUGGAGCCAUACAAGCGAGCGGAAAGAGGAACAGGCUAUAGAAAAGACAAAGUAAUGAAAGUGAGGAGGAAGGGGGAGAUUGAGGCUGAAAUGAGCCCACUGGCAGUUGUUAAAUGCCCAGUCCUGUCCAAUUAGGUCAAUUAAGUUUCUGGGUGUUAAUGUGAGAUAUGUUAGUGACCUCCCCCUAUUUAACCUAUGGACCAUGAUCCUCAGCAGUUAUCUGGGCUGGCCUAUAGGGUACGCACUAUUGUGUCUGACAGCAUUUCGAUGUCACAGGCAGGUCACAUCUCUGUGCUGUACACCAAGUUCCUAGUUGCCUGCCCGCCUUGGCAGAUAUGGGAAAUGUAAUGUAUGUCUGAAGUAAAAAUGUUGAGGUUGGUCUGCAAGUUCUUUGUGUCCUUUAGUGGAUCAGACAUGACAUGGUUGAUUAUAACUAGGGAUUCAUAUUUUCCUGAAAAUGUUCCCUUACAAGCCAUUCUCAGGCAUCCCAGUAUUCCUGUUGUGCUAUUUAAAAGCAUAUAAUACCAGCGAAGGAAAUCUGACAUAAUUCUACCACUGAAAAAUAUACACAGGAAUCUAACAGUUUCCUGAUUUUGUUUCAUUUUAAUCAACUAAAAGUUCUCAAAGUCACUACACUAUUUCGUUGAUGUAAUCUAGUUUUAAUGUAGGCAUAUGAAGCACUGUUGGUCGACUUGUAAAAUAUCCAGAGGUUAUUACAGCCUAGUGAAAACGUCAUUCGUUUUAGUCUACCAUUGACGGAAAGCUUGUUGGUCCUUUCCUCUCACUAUUAUGAGAAUGAGGCCAAGUAGUGGUUGUUUUGACAACAGUUUAGUCAUUUAGCAGACUCUCUUAUCCAGAGGGACUUAUGGGAGCAAUUAGGGUUAAGUGAAAUGCUCAUGGGGCACAUCAGAUGUUUCACCUCGUCGGGAUUCAAACCAGCAAUCUUUCAGUUACUGGCCCAAUGCUCUUAACCGAUAGAAUACCUGCCGCUUACUGUGUUGGCUUAGUCUUAGGGAAUGUAGUCUGAUGCUGCGCUAAACAAACAGAAAAGCAAAUGGCCGCAGUAGCGGAGAUUCAGCACCAUGGUUUAUCAAUUCCCUGCGGAUCUUUAAAAUCAUGCUCUCACUUUUGUUAGUGUAACAUCAUGGAACAACGUUGCAAAUGUCUAUUUCCUUGAGUGCUUCUGCGGACACAAUGUAUCAGCCGUUUUGUUAACAGUGAGUAGCAGUUUAUAUUUUGGAGCCUCUGCCAAAGCUAGUUUGUGAACGUGAGAUUGAGAUUCAAAGCAGUUAUGGUAAGCAAAGGUCACAUGUAGUCUGCUACAGUUUCAUGAUAGUCAUCGAUGCCAGUUAAAGGACAUCUAUUGGGGACAUUGUGAUCAGUGGUCUAAUGUGUGGAUGAAGUCAGAGAGUUAAAAAUCGAUUUAAUAUUUUUCCAUAGAAAUUAUAAAGUGCCUUUGGAAAGUAUUCAGAUCCCUUGACUUUUUCCACAUUUUGGUAGGUUAUUCUAAAAUGGAUUAAAUAGUCCCCCCCCCCCCCCUCAUGAAUCUAAACACAAUACCCCAUAAUGACAAAGAUAAAACAGGAUUUUAGAAUUUUUGCGAAUUUAUAAAAAAUAAAAAACAUAUCAAAUUUACAUAAGUAUUCAGACCCUUUACUCCAUACUUUGUUGAAGCACCUUUGGCAGCGAUAACAGCCUUGAGUCUUCUUGGGUAUGAUGCUACAAGCUUGGCACACCUGUAUUUGGGAAGUUUCUCCCAUUCUUCUCUGCAGAUCCUCUCAAGCUCUGUCAGGUUCGAUGGGGAGCAUUGCUGCACAGCUAUUUUCAGGUCUCUCCAGAGAUGUUCAAUCGGGUUCAAGUCCGGGCUCGGGCUGGUUCACUCAAGGACAUUCAGAGUAACUCCUGCGUUGUGUUGGCUGUGUGCUUAGGGUUGUUGUCCUUUUGGACGGUGAACCUUCGCACCAGCAGCAGGUUUUCAGAAAGGAUCUCUCUGUACUUUUCUCCGCUGAUCUUUGCCUCGAUCCUGACUAGUCUCCCAGUCCCUGCCACUGAAAAACAUGUCCACAGCAUGAUGCUGCCACCACCAUGCUUCACUGUAGCGAUCGUGAUAGGUUCCCUCCAGAUGUGACGCUUGGCAUUCAUGCCAAAGAGUUCAAUCUUGGUUUCAUCAGACAAGAAAAUCUUGUUUCUCAAUGUCUGAGAGUCUUUGGGUGCCUUUUGGCAAACUCCAAGCAGGUAUACACGUGUCUUUUACUGAGUGUGGCUUCCGUCUGGCGACUCUACCAUAAAAGCCUGAUUGGUGGAGUGCUGCAGAGAAGGUUCUCUCAUCUCCACAGAGGAACUCUGGAGCUCUGUCAGAGUGACCAUCGGGAUCUUGGUCACCUCCCGACCAAGACCCUUCUUCCCGAUUGCUUAGUUUGGCCAGCCGGCCAGCUCUAGGAAGAGUCUUGUUGGUUACAAACUUCUUCCAUUUAACAAUGAUGGAAGCCACUGUGUUCUUGGGGACCUUCAUGGUGCAGAAAUUAUUUGGUACGCUUCCCAAGAUAUGUGCCUUGAAACGAUCCGGUCUCGGCGCUCUACGGACACUUCCUUCGACCUCAUGCCUUGGUUUUUGCUCUGACAUGCACUGUUGACUGUGAGACCUUAUAUAGACAGGGGUGCCUCUCCAAAUAAUUUCCAAUCAAUUGAAUUUACCACAGGUGGACUCUCAUCAAGUUGCAGAAACAUCUCAAGGAUGAUUAAUGGAAACAAGAUGCACCUGAGCUCAAUUUCGAUUCUCAUAGCAAAGUGUCUAAAUACUUAUGUAAAUAAGAUAUUUCUGUUUGUCUUUUAAUACAUUUGCACAAAAAAAAAAAAGUUUUUCGCUUUGUCUUUAUGGGGUAUUAUGUGUAGAUUGACGAGGAGAGUUUUUUAUUUAAUACAUUUUAGAAUAAGGCUGUAACCUAACAAAAUGUGGAAAAAGUCAAGGUCUGAAUUCUUUCCGAAAGCACUGUAUAUUAUUGUUCCGGAUAUCCCUUCAUUUUUUUUGGGGGGGGGUCGCGGAUACUGGUGUUAAUCCCUAUUUAUAACGUAUAUUUGUACAGUAUAUUGAUCUGACACCACUAAAGAAGUUUAAUGGGCCUGACCAGAGUAUGCGGCCCAAAUGGUACCCUAUUCCCUAUAUAGUUCACUACUUUGACCAGAGUCUUAUGGGACUGGUCAAAACUAGUGCAAUAAAAGGAGAAUAGUGUACCAUUUGGGAUGCAAUCCAGGUGACUACUCCUACAGAGGCUCAUCAGCCACUAUGAGCCUUCUACAGAUCGGACAGGUGCUGGGUGUGAAGACAUCUAAAAGCCCUUCCUAUACUGAUGAUCUAACCUAACCUGUGGCAUCACGACUCACUCACAACCCUCAUCAACACACCGCCACCGCACAUGCCCAGUGGCCCACAACAACAACAGUGACAUCAUCAUGCUUCCACAUCAAACUAUAAAGACUGGAAAUGAUAACACAGACAGCAUCUAAAGUGUGCUUUGAGUUCAGUGGUUCCCACAUGUGGGCACACAGAGUGGAGCAGGCUCAGACAUGGGGGCCAUUUAGAAAAACAGACAGAGAAUACGUAUUUCCGCUGGUUCUCAAACCCAGAUUAGACUCGAGAUGUCUUAAGUAGCUGAACAUGUUAUUACUUCGACCUUGUGAAAGUGACAAACUGACACUUUUUUUUCAUUUAGUAAAAAAACGACUUUAUAUAGAAGGAGUGCCUUUGAUUUUACGGCCUGCACAUGAGCUAAGCUAGCUAACAUCGCCCAUGACAUCGACUACAAGCGUGAUCUGGGAUUUCUAUUGGAGAAGCAGUUUCUGGAGCUCUUCAUCUAUCGGCUCUUUGGGCUCUCUCUCAUCUAGCUCAGUUGCUGCUCUCUGUCAGUGACAUCAUCAUGGGAAGUCUUUGAGCUUGUACAAAGAGAUGUCAUGGAAUGGAUUCACCUCUCUCUCAUGUUGUGUAACAAUGAUGAUGAUGAUGAGCGCACAAUGCAUGUGUGACUGACUAUGAGUCCUAUCUGAAUGAGACUAUUGUCUGUGCUGACGUGUGAUGAUAACACUUCUUCAACAUAAGCUUUAUACAUAGCGUCCACUGUGUGUACAGGACGCCCAGGCUAAGGCAUUGCCCUCCCGGCGCCUGCCCUCCAUGGCAAGCUGAAAGGGCACGUACAUUUAAUUCCAGACUCAGUGGUGGUAGUCACAGUUUAAUCAUCAUUCCAAAAAUCUCUUCUGCUUUUUUCUCUGUGGGGUGAUUUCAAUGUACGCAAAUAAAAUAACCAUCAUUAUGCUGAUUCUGAAUGGAUAUAUGAUCACGGUACAUUUCCAAAAUAAAUGAUUUUUCAAUGGGAGUUCUGGUACUGCAUACUGUAAAGGGUAUGGAAGGAGUGUGUGUAAGUAAGGGGGUUGAUGUGAAUGGAGAGUGACCUUGAAAUUGUAUGACUGUAACCAUGGUAGCAUACACUGAGAUGGUGUUGACAGUAGACAGUGAAUGUGUAAUGAUGUAUAUAAUAUGUGUCAUUAUAACACAGCCAGCAACAUUUUAAGUUUCUUUGAGUUCAAUGAUUCUCACAUGUGGGCACACAGAAAGGAGCAGGCUCAGACACGAGCCAUUUUGAAAAACAGACAGAGGAUAGUGGCCUCUGCAUGUCUCAUCUGGCUCAGGUGCUGCUCUCUGUCAGUGACAUCAUCAUCGCGGGCAGGAAGCCUUUGAGCCGAAGCAAAGCGAUGAUGUCAUGGAAUGGAUUCACAAAUACACAAUGCAGUUGUGAUUGACUUUGAGUCCUAUCUGAAUAUGAGACUAUUGUCUGUGCUGACGAUUGAUGAUAACACUUCUUCGACAAAAGCUUUGGAGCGUCCACUGUGUCUGGAUACAAGAGACUGUACAGGAUGCUCAGAAGAAGAAGAGGGGGCGUAGGUACCCUCCAUAACCAGCUUAAAGGGCACAUACUGUACACAGCCACAGGCAGGACACAGCCACACUAGUACAGCCACAGGCAGGACACAGCCACACUAGUAUAGCCACAGGCAGGACACAGCCACAUACUAGUACAGCCACAGGCAGGACACAGCCACACUAGUACAGCCACAGGCAGGACACAGCCACAUACUAGUACAGCCACAGGCAGGACACAGCCACACUAGUAUAGCCACAGGCAGGACACAGACACAUACUAGUACAGCCACAGGCAGGACACAGCCACACUAGUACAGCCACAGGCAGGACACAGUCACACUAGUACAGCCACAGGCAGGACACAGCCACAUACUAGUACAGCAACAAGAAGAACACAGCCACAUACUAGUAGAGCCACAGGCAGGACACAGCCACAUACUAGUAUAGCCACAGGCAGGAUUAAGCCACAUACUAGUACAGCCACAGGCAGGACACAGCCACAUACUAGUAGAGCCACAGGCAGGACACAGCCACAUGCUAUGUACAGCCACAGGCAGCACACAGCCACAUACUAGUAGAGCCACAGGCAGGACACAGCCACAUGCUAUGUACAGCCACAGGCAGCACACAGCCACAUACUAGCACAGCCACAGGCAGGACAUAGCAGCCACGGGAAAGACACAUCCACAUACUAUUACAGCCAUAGGCAGGACACAGCAGCCACAGGCAGCACACAGCCACAUACUAGCACAGCCACAGGCAGGACACAGCCACAUAUUAUUACAGCAACAGGAAGGACACAGCCAUAUACUAGUAGAGCCGCAGGUAGAACACAGCAGCCACAGGCAGGACACAGCAGCCACAGGAAAGACACAGACACAGGCAGGAAACAGCAGCCACAGGCAAGACACAGCCACAUACUAUUACAGCCACAGGCAGAACACAGCAGCCACAGGCAGGACACAGCCACAUACUAGCACAGCCACAGGCAGGACACAGCCACAUAAUAGCACAGCCACAGGCAGGACACAGCCACAUACUAGUACAGCCACAGGCAGGACACAGGCGGACACAGCCACACAAUAGUAGAGCCACAGGCAGGACACAGCAGUCACAGGCAGGACACAGCCACAUACUAGUAUAGCCACAGGCAGAACACAGCCAUAUACUAGUACAGCCACAGGCAGGACACAGCCACAUACUAGUACUGCCACAGGCAGGACACAGAAGCCACAGGCAGGACACAGCCACAUACUAGUGCAGCUACAGGCAGGACACAGACACAUUUAAUGGUAGUCACAGUUUAAUCAUAAUUCCAAAAUUGUCAUGUGUUUUUUUCUCUGUGGGGUGAUGUCACUGUACGCAAAUAAAAUAACUAUCAUUA